GCCAAUAACAAAGUGAGCUGUCAAGUACUUAAUCGAUACAUUCCGACGUAGCAAGAGCUCUCGUUUCGUACACAAGAAGCGUAGAAGACUGGCUUCAAAUUAUGCCAGAUAAAGACUCUGUUAAGCUGUAACAACCAUUUUACUCCAGAAGAAAUGGGAGUUGUUGUGUCGAAGAAAACAGGACAAGAAAAGACAAAAAAAGUACAGCAAACCGCAGCUGUUGUCAAGGCUUUCAAAACUAAUCCAAGUCCGAAACCAUGUCCGAAAUUAUUUGGUGCUCAAAACAGUAGAAUAGCACCACUUCAAGGGGAUUCCAAGUACUCAAACCAAGCCGUAAAUCUUGGGAAUUACUCCCUCUCGGGUAGAAAUCCCGAUAAGGAGUCGUUCUCUUAUGGGCUACCUGAACUAGAAGAUACGAACGCUGGCAGUCGCUUGGCAGGGACUACGGGAUUUUGGAGUUCAACUGAGGAUUCUACGAGUACCGUUCCGUAUUUUGGAGCCUGGAGUAAAAGGGUUGAGAACGAUGAGCUGUGUUUUGAGUGUGGUGUGUAUACUGCCGAACCAGUCUUACCUUGUAAAAUCUGUUGUAAAGUCUUCCACGAGACGUGCAUGAAGAAACGUGGAAGACUGAAUGACCCCUGGGAAUUGAAGAUGUUCCGGGACGCCAAUUCCAAAACCGGUUGGAGCUGCCAUAAAUGCGAAAGCUUAACAUCGUUGCUGACAGAGGAAGAGAUGCAAGAGCUUAUCGAAAGCUUUGAUAGACUUGAUGUUAAUCAAGAUACACAGAUAACUCAAGUAGAGUACAUCCGAUACAAAAAAGCAAAGUACAAAGACAUUCACAAAGUAGAAAUGCCCAAGGUGCAGGUAGACGAAGCGGCUCGUGAGUUCACCAUGAUUGACAAAAACAGCACUGGUACCAUAGACUGGUGGGAGUUUUUGAACCACGAAUCUCUCAAAACACUGGGGAUCAAACGCAGCCAGUUUCAGUUGGUAAAAAUGCUGUCUCCUCGAGAAAUCCAAGAAGUACGUGAUAUCUUCCACGCCUUUGACACGGACGAGGAUGGCUACAUCAAUUCUUAUGAAGUAUCAAAGGGAUUUGGAAGAUGGUUUGGAAACCUCAGGAUAUCGGACGGUCCGGGGCAAAGCUCAUCUUCAUUUGGAAGACCGUUGGAUGCCAAGACAGUGUCUGGACACGUAGACAGACACACGGAGAUCUUUAUGCAUGCGGAUACAAACAACAACAGGCUCGUUUCCUGGGAUGAGUAUUUGCGUGAAAAGGCUUUGUACGUCCUUGCUGAACGACCAAACUACCGCACUGAUGACACAGAAAAGGAUAUCAAGAAAUCGACAAAGAAAACUCGCUCUAAAAGAGUGUAACUAAUGAUAAUUAUUUUAUAUAGCAAACAAACAAUAAUAGUGCAAUUACACUCUUAGAUUUCUUCAACAGUACAAUGAACAAACUUUGCAAUUAUAUUAUGCGAGUUAUAUAAUAUAUCUGAGUAUAUGCCGUUAGGUGAUUCUGUAAUUGAAUCUCGACACAAUACUUUUGAUCAGUCUUACAAAGAGAAAAUCAACUGAUGAUACUGUCACGUCAUCAUGGCAACUUUAAAAAAGGUUUAUGUUCCGCUUA